CAAAGACAUGAAGAUCAAGUCCCUAGAAGAGAUCUACCUUUUUUCCCUUCCAGUCAAGGAGUCUGAAAUCAUUGACUUUUUCCUGGGCUCCUCUCUGAAAGAUGAGGUUUUGAAGAUCAUGCCGGUGCAGAAACAGACCCGUGCCGGUCAACGAACCAGGUUCAAGGCUUUUGUUGCCAUUGGCGACUACAACGGUCACGUGGGCCUUGGUGUCAAAUGCUCCAAAGAAGUGGCCACUGCCAUCCGGGGGGCCAUCAUCUUGGCCAAGCUGUCUAUUGUGCCAGUCAGGCGGGGCUACUGGGGCAACAAGAUCGGCAAACCCCACACCAUGCCUUGCAAGGUCACCGGUCGAUGUGGCUCAGUUCUGGUGCGCCUCAUCCCUGCACCACGUGGUACUGGGAUCGUUUCUGCCCCAGUUCCCAAGAAGCUGCUGAUGAUGGCUGGCAUCGACGACUGCUACACCUCGGCCAGGGGCUGCACAGCUACAUUGGGCAACUUUGCCAAGGCCACUUUUGACGCCAUCUCCAAGACCUACAGCUAUCUGACCCCCGACCUCUGGAAGGAGACAGUCUUCACCAGAUCUCCAUAUCAGGAAUUUACCGACCACCUGGCGAAGACCCAUGCCACUCGAGUCUCUGUGCAGAGAACCCAGGCAGCCGCUGUGGCCACUACUUAAGAGGAAACGCUUUUAAGAUGAAAAUGUUCAAUAAAAUUUCAGAACCAAGCGAAAAAAAAAAAAGAA